GUAAAGCACAGUACACCCCAGUCUUUCUCCAUUGACUGUAGAGAUGUACAAGGACUUUAACAGGCGAGAUACAGGAAGAUGAUACCUAUGUACUAGGGAGGCAUCAAUAAAAUUUCCUGCGGAACCAGAGUCAAAGAAAGCAAGAACAGAGACAAUCUCUUUGGAGGGUGGAAAAAGAUGAACCGUCAAAUUUAAGUGUGGAGACGUGGUAUUCACACCUAGGGAGGCCUCUCUCACAAACCCUAGGUGCAAGCGUUUCCCUGUGGCUGUGGAUGUAGAGGACAAUCUUUUAGGAAAUGAUCCGCACUUGCGCAGUAAAGAUUCUCAGUUCGUCAGCUAGUUCUUUCCUGCAGGGUCAGGACAGACCGAUCCACCUGCAUAGCCUCUGCUGCAGGAGGCAACGUAGAAGAUUGCGGUGGUUGCUGGAAGACAGGUGCCAUUCAAAGAAAGCGCCGAGGUCGUGCAGAUUCCCUUUCUUGGCAAAAUUCUUCACGUCGCUCAGAGAAACAAAUGUCAAUCUGGGAUGCCAAGUGUAUAAGUUGGCAAAUCCUGGGCAGCAAGGGCAUCCUUGAUAUGACUAGAUAGUCCUCUCUUGAAGGUGGCGCAAAGAGCUUCAUUGCUCCAUGAUAACUCUGAUGCCAGGGUACGAAACUGAAUGGCAUACUCGCCCACAGAGGAGUUGCGCUGCGAAAGACUCAGCAAUGCCAUCUCAGCAGAGGAGGCUUGGGCUGGUUCCUCAAAGACACCCCGAAAUUCCGUCAGGAAAGCCUGAAGAUUGGUUGUAAGAGCAUCACUGCGAUCCCAAAGGGGAGUUCAAUGUGCAUGGAGCACUGCAUCACAAAACCAUGACAGGACUUGGGAUCCCCCUGAUAUUUCUCAGGACGAGACAAGCGGAGUUUUGUUCUGGAGGGGACUGCAGCAGCGGGAGGCAGCACGGGCACAGGAGGAGGCUGUGGUUGUGGCAGUUGCUGCUGAGCAGUUAGCAACUGCUGCAUCAUGGCGGAUAACUGGCUCAACUGCUGUGCCUGCUGGGCCAACUGCUGUGACUGGAGCGGCACAAUAGAAGCGAGAUCCAGAUUAUCUGGUAGAGGAAACCCAGUGGGAUCCAUGACCGGAUCUUGCUGUUACGGAGUUGGAUGUGGAUUCUCUGUGUGGCUGAUGACUUGGACCGUAUUGGGGAGCGGAGUCUAAGCUGCCGCUGGUCUUCACCAGAGCCCGUUGCAAGGUAGGAUGGGCUUGCUGCUGAAGGAAUAUAACUACUAUAAUAUAUGCAAAGAAGAAAAAGAGGGACGUCACUCACCAGGAUACGGUGCAAUUUUCUUUAUUUCAACGGUGCAGAGACAUGGAGCACGGACGCUUGUAGGUGUCAAGUUAUCAGCCUUCAAAAAUGUUAAUAUUUUAUAUACAGUAGGAACUCUAACUUUUGAAGAAAUGGAUUCCUUUUACAAACCUAGAUUCACAUACGGUAUAACGCUGGUAAUGAAGGGUCAGGACGGGGCCCCACUCCAGAAUAUUAAGGUUUCUCUGGGCUUAACAUUUGGUAGCAGCACGGUCAAAGUAGAUGGAAAAACUAAUGAAACGGGGCGAGCACGCUUCAUUCUGGACACAUCACAAUGGAACGGGCAAGUCACAAUAUCGGGAUAUAUAAGCUCUGGAAAUAUUGCUAAUGCGGUGCAGAUUGUGCGUCCCUAUUACAGUGAAGCUAUGAGCUUGCUAAGACUGGAGCCCAUCUUUGGAACUAUUUUAUGUGGAAUAAAAAUCAACAUACGAGUGGAAUAUAACAUAAGCAGAAGCGACCUGAUGAAAGGCUGGACAAGCGUCAUAUUCUAUUACGUGGUUAUAGGUAAAGAUGGGAUCAUUCUAAAUGGACAACAAACAAUUGUUUUGCGCACAGAGGCCUCACUUCGAGGAUUUUUAAACAUCCCAAUCACCUUCACGUCAAUGUUUGGACCAGGUCCAAAAAUGUUGGGAUUUCUGUUGCUAAAAGAUGGAUCUGUGGCUGCUGACAGACUGCUCUUUAAUGUGGAGAAGUGUUUUCCAAACCAGGUCUUGUUGAAAUUUGCACAGACAGAAGCCAGCCCAAAGGAUCAGAUAUAUAUCAAUAUCAAAGCCUCAGCCGGAUCUUGGUGCUCGAUCCGAGCUGUGGAUAAAAGUGUUCAGAUCAACAAUGAAGACAAGGAGUUGACUACAGAUACAGUUUUUAAUUUGUUUAAAUAUUCAGUAAGAGGAGGAUAUCCGGAUAAUGUGAAUGAAGAAUCGCCCUUUCGUUGCAGGAAGCCGAACCAGUUUAUUGAUGUGCUCGCUUUAUUUAAAGAAAUUGGUAUGAAGAUACUGACAAACACUCGCAUACUGCAGCCAGUGGAAAAACAGAGAUGCGUACUGCCUCUAGACGUGUUGGAAAUUCCCUUAUUUGAAAAGCGGACUGAAGAAUUUGAAAAGCGGACUCAAGAAUUUGAACUCAAAAUUAGAAAAUUUUUCCCUGACACCUGGCUCUGGAACCUUGUCCUUAUUGGGAAUCCUGUGGAUAGUAAACUUAGCCUAACAAGCAUCCAAGUCACGGUCCCAGACACCAUCACACAAUUUAAUGCUGGAGCCUUCUGUAUGGGUAACGAUGGUUUUGGCCUUUCCCCACAAGCUUCUUUGACUGUCUUUAAACCGUUCUUUGUAGAUCUUGCUUUGCCUUAUUCCAUCAUCCAAGGAGAGACGCUCUCUAUCAAAGCGAAUGUCUUCAAUUAUCUCAACCAGUGUUUAAUGGUCCAGGUAACCCUGCUCAGCUCUACAGAUUUCUCAGUGAAGAAUUGCCAGGGCUGCCUGAGGUCUAUUUGUGUCUGCGCCGGUCAAACAGCUGCCAUUAGCUGGAGUAUCACUCCCAACAUCAUAGGAUCGUUGACCCUGACAGUGAGAGUAGAAGCAGUGACCAGCAAAGAAUUAUGCAAUGGGAAGGUACCAUACGUGCCCGCAAAAGGAAAUAUAGACAUACUGCAAAGACAACUUCUUGUCAAGCCUGGAGGCAUCAGGAAAGAAAUUACUGAAAAUAUCUACCUAUGUCUGAACGCUUCCGUGAACAGCAUACAGAGACUAUUCUCACUUACGCUUCCAAGUAUAUGGGUGAAAAAAUCAGAGAGCGCCUAUAUAUCUGUGCUGGGUGACAUUAUAGGGACAGCGCUGCAGAACCUCGAUAGACUUAUCGUAAUGCCGUAUGGCUGUGGAGAACAAAACAUGCUGACCAUGGGACCCACUAUAUAUGUGCUGGAUUAUCUCAAAGCCACCGGACAGCUGGACACUACUCAGAAAGAUAAAGGCAUAGGUUACCUGCAAAGCGGAUACCAGCGACAGCUCUCCUUCAAACGCUCUGAUGGCUCAUACAGUGCAUUCGGAAUGAGCGAUGCCGAAGGAAGUACUUGGCUCACUGCUUUUGUGAUAAAGUGUUUCUCCCAGGCUAAAAACUACAUAUUUAUUGAUGAUAACGUCCUGAGCCAGGCUGUGACUUGGCUUGGUCUACAGCAGGGAGUUGAUGGCUGCUUCAUCAGUCGAGGGAAACUAUAUCACUCAGCCAUGAAGGGUGGAGUAAAUGAUGACAUUUCCCUCAGCGCUUACAUCACAUCGGCCCUUCUGGAACGUGGCACCCCAGGGAAUGACUCUAUGCUGGUUCGUGCUCUCGCUUGUCUGAAAAAUAAUAUAACAAAGACUACAAACCCGUACACCAUGGCACUACUGGCGUAUACUUUCGCCUUGGCCAAUGAUUUGGCAACCAAGCAGAUACUUGUGAACAAACUUCUACUGCUCGCGGUGUCCUCAGGAGGUAACCUGUACUGGACGUCCUCUAGUAGCUCAGUAUCGGUCAGUGUAGAGUUAUCCGCAUAUGUCCUCCUGGCGCUGACUACUGCCCCGAUAGUAUCACCAAGUGAUAUCCUAAAAGCUUCCCAGAUUGUCACCUGGUUGAUCAAACAGCAGAAUCCCUACGGGGGUUUUUCCUCUACACAGGAUACAGUGGUGGCAAUUCAAGCUCUGGCCAAGUACACGAGGCUAACGUUCAGUCCUAAAGGCAUCUUGUCAAUCACGGUUUCUAAGAACAGCAAGACUUUGAAGGUAUUCAAGGUGGAUGAAACCAAUCGUCUUCUCCUCCAGACGGCUCCCCUACCAGACAUUCCUGGGGAAUACAACCUGCUUAUUAAAGGGACUGGCUGCGUGUUCAUUCAGAUCGUCCUAAAAUACAAUGUUCUGCCACAACCAGCACCAUCUGCCUUUAAUAUUAAUGCAAAAAUAGUACGUUGUGACAAUACAGGAAUAUUUCUUCUUCAGAUAACAGUCAGUUACAUUGGAAAGAGACGUGUUACUAAUAUGGUCCUUAUUGAAGUGGAAAUGCUCUCAGGAUUCCAGCCGUUUGAUGACCUAGGAGACCAGCCUGGGACAUCACCCCUGGUCAUGAAAAUUAACAACAAAAGAGAUUCUAUUACUAUUUACCUUGACGAGCUUGAUCGUACAUCAUUUCAAUACACUCUUGUGAUACAGCAAGUGAACCAGGUCCAGGACUUGAAACCGGCAAAUGUAAAAGUAUACGACUAUUACCAAACAGAGGAGAGCGCUGUAACUACCUACAAAGGCUGCCAGUAACCAAUCUACAGCUCCUCCCUCCAUGGACAGUACAGGACGCUAUUCUUGAUUUAUGGAAUUAAUAUAUCUACAGAAUCUGACCACACUUGAUGUUUGAAUAGAUGUCACUGUUACA